AUGGCACCCAUAGCAGUCUCUCCCGAGCGGGAUGGCUCGACAGCUGCCCUCGCUGCCCUCACAGCCUCCUUUGACGACACAAUCACCUUCUACCUCAACGGCACCCGCACCGUCCUUGGGAACAUCGAUCCCGAGGCCACAGUCCUCGAGUAUCUCCGUGGCAUCGGCCUAACAGGAACCAAGCUUGGCUGUGGAGAGGGUGGUUGCGGCGCCUGUACUAUUGUCGUCUCGCAGUACAACCCCACCACCAAGAAGAUCUACCAUGCCAGCGUGAAUGCAUGCCUCGCGCCACUCAUCUCCCUCGACGGGAAGCAUGUCAUCACCAUCGAGGGCAUCGGCAGCACGAAACGGCCCCACGCUGCGCAGGAACGCGUGGCCAAGAGCCAUGGGAGUCAGUGUGGAUUCUGCACCCCGGGCAUCGUCAUGAGCCUGUAUGCACUGCUCAGGAACAACGACGCACCGGAUGAUCAGGAGAUUGAGGAGGCCUUUGACGGCAAUCUUUGUCGGUGUACAGGGUACCGACCCAUUCUUGACGCGGCGCAGACAUUCUCCGUGGAUAGGGGGUGCGCCAAGGUGAAGGCCAAUGGAGGAGGCUGCUGCAUGGACGGCAAGAAUGGCGCUGCUGGCGGUGGUUGCUGCAUGGAUCAGAAGAAUGGCGAUGGCGAAAAGGGGGCAGACAAGAUCAAGCGGUUCACGCCACCCGGCUUCAUCGAGUACAAGCCCGACACGGAACUCAUCUUCCCCCCUGCCUUGAAGAAGCACAAGAUGCAGCCGCUCGCUUUCGGCAACAAGCGGAGAAGGUGGUAUCGACCGGUCACGCUGGAGCAGCUCCUCCAGAUCAAGAGUGUCCAUCCAAACGCGAAGAUUAUUGGCGGGAGCACAGAGACCCAGAUUGAGAUCAAGUUCAAGGCGCUGCAGUAUCCCGUCUCUGUCUUUGUCGGGGACAUUCCUGAGCUCAGGCAGUAUGCCUUCCACGAGGACCACAUUGAGAUCGGCGGUAACGUCGUCUUGACAGAUCUGGAGCAUCUGUGCGAAAAGGCGAUUGAGCACUACGGGAAGCAAAGAGGACAAGUGUUUGAAGGUAUGCUGAAGCAACUCAAGUUCUUCGCUGGGCGACAAAUUCGCAAUGUCGGCACGCCGGCGGGCAACCUGGCCACGGCCUCACCCAUCUCGGAUCUGAACCCCGUCUUCUGGGGCGCCAACGCGGUACUGGUGGCCAAAUCCCUCGAGCAAGAGACAGAGAUCCGCAUGGCGAGCUUCUUCACAGGCUAUCGCAAGACAGCGCUUGCCGCGGACGCUAUCAUUGCCUCGAUCCGGAUCCCCGUGACGGCGGAAAAGGGCGAGUACUUCAGGGCGUACAAGCAGGCAAAGAGGAAGGAUGACGAUAUCGCCAUUGUGACGGCCGCGCUCAGGGUCAAGAUGGACGACGAGGGCAUCGUCACCGAGACCAACUUGAUCUACGGUGGCAUGGCGGCCUUGACGACUUCGGCCAAGAAAACAAUGGAGUACCUCGUCGGCAAGAGGUUUGCCGAGUUGGAGACUCUCGAAGGCGCCAUGACGGAGAUGGGCAAGGACUUUGACAUGCCCUUUGGCGUACCUGGUGGCAUGGCUUCGUACCGCAAGGCGUUGGCCAUGGGCUUCUUCUACCGCUUCUACCACGAUGUGCUUUCCAAGAUUGAUGCGGAAGGCAAGGGCGUCGACACGCAAGUCAUCUCUGAAGUGGAGCGUGAGCUCUCCAGGGGCACUAUCGAUGAGCAUGCUGCCGUUCAGUACGAGCAAGAGGUCACCGGCAAGGGCAAUCCGCACGUCGCCGCGCUCAAGCAGACCACGGGCGAGGCGCAGUAUACGGACGACAUUCCCUCUCUCAAGAACGAACUCCACGCCGCCUAUGUCUUUUCGCAAAAGCCGCAUGCCAAGAUUGUGAGCAUCGACUACUCCCCUGCCCUGGAUAUCCCCGGCGUCGUCGACUACGUGGACGCCAGUGACAUGCCGAAUGCAGCAGCCAACCGGUUCGGUGCACCGUAUUUCGAUGAACUCUUUUUUGCCGAGGGCGAGGUGUUUUCGCAUGGCCAGGCGAUUGCGAUGAUUCUGGCCACGUCCUCUGUGGUUGCACAAUUGGCGGCUAGGGCUGUCAAGGUGGUGUAUGAGGAUCGACCUGCCGUCAUGACCAUUGAAGAGGCCAUUCAGCAGGACUCAUACCAUGAUCUUUACAGGGAGAUCAAAAAGGGCGAUGUGGAGCAGGCGUUCAAGGACUGCGACUACGUGUUUACUGGCACGGCGCGAAUGGGCGGUCAAGAGCAUUUCUACCUCGAGACAAAUGCCUGUGUCGUGGUGCCCAAGCCGGAAGAUGGCGAGAUGGAGAUCUUCUGCAGCACGCAGAACGCCAACGAGACGCAGGCCUUUGCUUCGCGUGUCUGCGACGUGCAGGCGAACAAGAUCAACGUGCGUGUCAAGCGACUGGGUGGUGGCUUUGGUGGCAAGGAGACGAGGAGUGUGCCGCUGAGCUCUGCGUUGGCGCUGGCAGCCAAGAAGACGGGACGCCCUGUGCGCUGCAUGCUCACGCGCGAGGAGGACAUGAUCAUGUCCGGACAGCGUCAUCCCUUCCUGGGCCGGUACAAGAUUGGUGUCAACAAGGACGGUAAGAUCCAGGCGCUUGAUGUGGAUAUAUUCAACAACGCAGGCUGGAGCUACGACCUGUCGCCCGCGGUGGUGGAGAGAUCCAUGACCCACGUCGAUGGCUGCUACAAUAUUCCGAAUGUUUUCGUCAGGGGGCGGAUCUGCAAGACAAACACCAUGUCCAACACGGCGUUCCGAGGCUUCGGCGGCCCGCAAGGCAUGUUCAUCGCCGAGACGUACAUGGAGGAAACUGCUGAUCGCCUGGGGAUGCCCGUCGAGAAUCUCCGAGAGGUCAACUUCUACCAACCGGGCGAGAAGACUCAUUUCAACCAGGCGCUGGAGGAUUGGCAUGUGCCGCUCAUGUACGAGCAGGUGAAGACGGAGUCCGAGUACGAGAAACGCCAGAAGGAGAUUGAAGCGUUCAACAGGGGAAACAAGUGGCGCAGGCGGGGAUUGGCCAUUAUUCCUACAAAGUUCGGUAUCUCCUUUACAGCGCUCUUCCUGAACCAAGCCGGCGCUCUGGUGCACAUCUACCAUGACGGGUCGAUCCUCGUCGCCCACGGCGGUGUCGAAAUGGGCCAAGGUCUACACACGAAGAUGACCCAGAUCGCCGCGCAAGCACUUGGAGUGCCGCUGGACAACGUCUACAUCUCCGAGACAGCCACCAACACCGUCGCCAACGCCUCGUCCACGGCCGCGAGCGCGUCGUCGGACCUGAACGGAUUCGCCAUCUACAAUGCGUGCGAGCAGCUCAACAAACGCCUGGCGCCCUACCGCGAGAAACUGGGUCCCGAGGCCACGAUGAAAGAGCUCGCGCACGCGGCGUACUUUGACCGCGUCAACCUCAGCGCGCAGGGCUUCUACAAGACCCCCGAGAUUGGGUACACCUGGGGCGAGAACAAGGGCAAGAUGUUCUUCUACUUCACGCAGGGCGUGUCGGCUGCCGAGGUCGAGGUCGAUCUCCUGACGGGUAGCUGGACGUGUCUCCGCGCCGAUGUCAAGAUGGACGUGGGCCAGUCGAUCAACCCGAGCAUUGACUACGGGCAGAUUCAGGGCGCUUUUAUCCAGGGUUUGGGACUCUUCACGAUGGAGGAGAGUCUCUGGCUCCGGGCCACGGGGCAGCUGGCGACAAGGGGACCUGGCAACUACAAGAUCCCCGGGUUCAGGGACAUUCCGCAGCAGUGGAACGUCAGUCUCCUCAAGGACGUGACAUGGGAAAACCUGCGGACUAUCCAGCGCAGCCGCGGUGUGGGCGAGCCGCCCUUGUUCAUGGGGAGCGUGGUAUUCUUUGCCAUCCGAGAUGCGAUCCGUAGCGCGCGACGAGAUGAAGGCGUGUUUUGCAAACCUGCAGUCGAAGGGGGCUCGAACGAUGAGGGACUGCUGAAGUUGGAGAGUCCGGCGACGAACGAGAGGAUCCGGCUUGCGUGUGAGGACAAGAUUAUGCGGAAGGCGAGGGUACAGGCCAAGGAGGGGGAGAAGAGCUUCUUCGUGGCGAUAUAG